UCAUCUAAUGCAUCUGAGGAUGCUGAGGGAGUUGGCUGAUAUGAAUGCAGAGCCAUUGGCCAUUAUCUUUGAAAACUCGUGGCGAUCUUGGGGGUCCCAGAUGAUUGGAAAAAGGCAAAUAUAGUGCCCAUCUUCAUAAAGGGGAAGAAGGAGAAUCCGGGGAACUACAGCCUCACCUCAGUCCCUGGAAAAAUCGUGGAGCAGGUCAUCGAGAAAUCCAUUUUGAAGCACUUGGAGAGGAAGGUGAUCAGGAACAGUCAGCAUGGAUUCACCAAGGGCAAGUCAGCCUAACCAACCUGAUUGCCUUCUAUGAUGAGAGAACUGGCUCUUUGGAUAUGGGGAAAGUGGUGGACUUACCUAGACUUCAGCGAAGCUUUUGAUACGGUCUCCCACAGUAUUCUUGCCAGCAAGUUAAAGAAGUAUGGCUUGGAUGAAUGGACUGUAAGGUGAAUAGAAAGCUGGCUAGAUUCUCAGGCUCAAUGGGUAGCGAUCAAUAGCUCAAUGUCUAGUAGGCAGCAGGUAUCAAGUGGAGUGCUCCAGGAGUCUGUCCUGGGGCCGGUUUUGUUCAAAGUCUUCAUUAAUGAUCUGGAUAAUGGGAUGGAUUGCAUCCUCAGCAAGUUCGCGUUUGACUCUAAACUGGGGGGAGAGGUAGAUAUGCUGGAGGGUAGGGAUGGGAUACAGAGGGACCUAGACAAAUUAGAGGAUUGGGCCAAAAGAUAUUCUGAUGCGGUUCAAAAAGGACAAGUGCAGAGUCCUGCACUUAGGACGGAAGAAUCCCAUGCCCUGCUACAGGCUGGGGACUGACUGGCUAAGCGGCAGUUCUGCAGCAAAGGACCUAGGGGUUACAGUGGAUGAGAAGCUGGAUAUGAGUCAAAAGUGUUCCCUUGUUGCCAAGAAGGCUAACAGCAUACUGAGCUGUAUUAGUAGGAGCAUUGCCAGGGAGAUCAAGGGAAGUGAUUACUUCCUUCUAUUCGGCACUGGUGAGGCCACACCUGGAGUAUUGCAUCCAGUUUGGUCCCCCCCACUACAGAAGGGAUGUGGACAAAUUGGAGAGAGUCCAGCGGAGAGCAACGAAAAUGAUCAGGCGAUUGGGGCAUAUGACUUAUGAGGAGAGGCUGAGGGCUUAUUUAGUCUGCAGAAGAGAAGCGUGAGGGGGGAUUUGAUAGCAGCUUUCAACUACCGAAGGGGGGUUCCAGAGAGGAUGGAGCUCAGCUGUUCUGGUGGUGGCAGAUAACAGAACAAGGAGUAAUGGUCUCAGGUUGCAGUGUGGGAGGUCUAGGUUGGAUAUUUCACGAGGAGGGUGGUGAAGCACUGGGAUGGGUUCCCUAGGGAGGUGAUGGAAUCUCCAUCCUUCGAGGUUUUUAAGGCUUGUUUUGACAAAGCCCUGGCUGGGAUGAUUUAGUUGCGGUUGGAUUAUAAUGAUUAUAUGAAGUGGAAAUCCAUCAACCUCAUCAAAAAACUCUGAGAUUCAGACAGACCUCACCUUCCUCUCCAAGUGCAAACAGAUGGACAUCAUACCAGAUGGACUGAAGGUAAAAAAAAAAAAUCCAUUGCAAUUGACAUACUUCACUGACUGUGGAGAGAGAUUGUGCCACACGUUCUCAGAGAAACUGAGGAACCCCCUGAUCAGCAUCCUGUACAGCAGACAGGAGAAGAUCAAGAAUGAGCUCGCAAAACUGGAGACUCUCAUUCAAAACCAACCUUCCACAUAAACUGCCAUGUGGGUGGACUUUACAAAAAUGAGACAAGCCAUUUACAAUGCAGACUUCACUUCUCUACAGAGGAAAAAGGACAGUAAACUAUCUAAACUCCUACAUGCCACAGGGGGCUACAACAGUGGUACCCUCAACUCACCUAACAAUAUUGUUAAUCUGUCCAACCACACAUUUAGCCUGGCAGAAGAGACUGUCCUAUCUCGGGGACUCUCUUUCUGCCCCACCACCCCCAUGAACAUGAUACCGUUCUGCGGUGAUCUGGAAGCCUACUUUUGACGUCUCCGACUCAAGGAAUAUUUUCAACAUACCACUGAACAGCGCACUGACCCACAGGGACCCUCCUACCAACACUAAAACAAGAAGAAUUCUGCGUGGGCCCGUCCUGAUGAUCAAAACAACAGACUGUGGACUUCUACAAAGAGUGCAUCCGCAGAUGUACACAGGUUGAAAUUGUAAAUAAACAGCAUCACUUGCCCAAUAACCUCAGCCGUACAGAACACAAUAUAAUCCACAGCCUCAAAAACAACUCUGACAUUAUAAUCAAAGGGACUGACAAAGGAGGUGUUGUAGUCAUAAUGAACAGGUCGGAUUAUGAGCAGGAGGCUGCCAGGCUCCAACACCACAUUCUACACGCCGCUAUCCUGUGACCGCACUGAGGGUUACCAAAAGAAACUACACCAUCUGCUCAUGAAACUCCCUGCUACGGCACGGGAACAAGUCUACACGGACACACCCCCAGAGCCCCGACCAGGGGUAUUCUAUCUACUACCCAAGAUCCAUAAACCUGGAAAUCCUGGACGCCCCAUCAUCUCAGGCAUCAGCACUCUUACAGCAGGAUUUUCUGGCUAUUUAGACUCUCUGCUCAGACCCUAUGCUACCAGCAUUCCUAGCUAUCUUCAAGACACCACCAACUUCCUGAGGCAACUACAGUGUGUUGGUGAUCUUCCUGAAAACACCAUCCUGGCCACCAUGUAUGUAGAAGCUCUUUACACCAAUAUUCCACACAAGGAUGGGCUACAAGCUGUCAGGAACGGUAUCUGUGUUGAGGCCACAGCACACAUGAUGGCUGAGCUUUUUGACUUUGUCCUCACCCACAACCAUUUCAGAUUUGGGGACAAUUUGUACCUUGAACUCAGCGGCACUGCUAUGCGUACCCACAUAGCCCCACAGUAUGCCAACAUUCUUGUGGCUGACUUAGAACAACGCUUCCCCAGCUCUCGUCCCCUAGUGCCCCUCCUCUAGUUGCGCUGCAUUGAUGACAUCUUCAUCAUCUGGACCCACAGGAAGGAGGCCCUUGAAAAAUUCCACCUGGAUUUCAACAAUUUCCACCCCAACAUCAACAGCAACCUGGACCAGUCCACACAAGAGAUCCACUUCCUGGACGCUAUAGUGCAAAUAAGCAAUGGUCACAUAAACACCAUCCUUAUUGGAAACCUAUUGACUGCUAUACUUACCUGAAUACCUCCAGCUUCCAUCCAGGACACAUCACACGAUCCAUUGUCUACAGACAAGCGCUAAGAUACAACCGAAUUUGCUCCAAUUCCUCAGACAGAGACAAACACCUACAAGAUCUUUAUCAAGCACUUUUACAACUACAAUAUCACCAUAGGGAAGUGAGGAAACAGACUGACAGAGCAAGACAGGUACCCAGAAAUCACCUACUACAGGACAGGUCAAUAACAGAACAGAAAAAUAACAGAACAGCACUGGCCCUAACAUAUAGCCCCCAGCUAAAACCUGAUCAUCAAUGACCUACAACCUAUCCUGGAAAACAAUCCCACACUCUCACAGACCUUGGGAGGCAGGCCAGUGCUCGCUUACAGACAGCCCCCCAACCCGAAGCAAAUACUCACCAGCAACUACACACCACACCACAGAAACACUAACCCAGGAAGCAAUCCCUGUAGCAAACCUUGUUGCCUACUCUGUCCCCAUAUCUACUCUAGCGACACCAUCAGAGGACCCAACCACAUAAGUCACACCAUCAGGGGCUCAUUCACCUGCACGUCUACUAAUGUGAUAUACGCCAUCAUGUGUCAGCAAUGCCCCUCUGCCAUGUACAUUCGUCAAAUCAGACGGUCCCUAAGUAAAAGAAUAAAUGGACACAAAUCGGACAUCAGGAAUGGUAACAUACAAAAGCCAGUCGGAGGACACUUCAGUCUCCCUGGACAUUCUACAACAGAUUUAAAAGUAGCCAUACUUCAGAAACAGACUUCAAAGAGAAACUGCAGAGCUACAAUUCAUUUGCAAAUUUAACACCCUUAAUUUGGGCUUGAAUAGGGACUGGGAGUGGCUGGCUCACUACAAAAGCAACUUUCCCUCUCUUGGUAUUGACACCUUCCCAUCAGGGAUUGGGAGUGGACCACAUCCAACCCGAUUGAAUUGGCCCUGUCAUCACUGGUCCUCCACUUGUAAGGAUGCCCAGGAAUUUUCAAAGCUAUUCAUGUCACUGCUAGAGGAUACUUUGUCUAAACAAAAAAAUCCAGAUGUACGGAACAUUGUUCAAAAGCAGUUUUGCGGCGAGUAUGCAUAUGUCACUGUCUGUAACCAGUGUGGCAGGGAGUCCAAACUCAUAUCGAAAUUUUAUGAACUGGAGUUAAAUAUCCAAGGGCACAAGCAGUUGACAGACUGUAUCACAGAAUUUCUUAAGGAAGAAAAGUUAGAAGGGGACAAUCGUUACUUUUGUGAAACUUGUCAGAGUAAACAAAAUGCAACAAGGAAGAUCAGGCUGCUUAGUCUUCCAUGUACACUCAACUUGCAGCUGAUGCGUUUUGUGUUUGACAGACAAACUGGCCAUAAGAAAAAGUUGAAUACUUACAUUGGUUUUUCUGAAUUGCUUGAUAUGGAACCUUUUAUGGAACAAAAAGAUGGUGUCUAUAUAUAUGAACUUAGUGCAGUUCUUAUACACAGGGGAGUGAGUGCAUAUUCUGGUCACUACAUUGCUCAUGUGAAAGACCCUCAGACUGGUGAAUGGUACAAGUUUAAUGAUGAAGACAUAGAAAAGAUGGAGGGGAAGAAAUUGCAACUGGGGAUUGAGGAAGAUCUAGCAGAGCCUUCUAAGUCUCAAACUCGUAAACCCAAGUGUGGGAAAGGAACUCACUGCUCUCGAAAUGCUUACAUGUUGGUGUACCGACUGCAAACACGGGAAAAAUCUCUAACAGCAGAAGUCCCAACUUUUCUGCAGGAGCUAGUCGAACGCGAUAACUGCAAGUUUGAAGAGUGGUGUAACGAAAUGGCAGAUAUGCGUAAACAAAGCGUGGUCAGAGGCAAAAUCAAACAUGAAGAGGUGAAGGAGCUCUACCAAAGGUUGCCUGCUGAAGCUGGGUGCCCUUAUGAGUUUGUCUCUCUCGAAUGGUUACAGAAAUGGCUGGAUGAAUCUGCCCCUCCCAAACCCAUAGAUAACACUGCAUGCUUGUGUUCACAUGGCAAAUUACACCCUGAUAAAAUAUCAAUUAUGAAGAGAAUAUCUGAGUAUGUUGCUGACUACUUCUACAGGAGAUAUGGAGGGGGGCCAAGGCUAAAUGUUAAAGCACUUUGCAAGGAUUGUGUGGUAGAGAGGUGUCGAAUACUACGACUGAAAAACCAAUUAAAUGAAGAUUAUAAAACUGUCACAAACUUGCUGAAAAUUACAGUAAAGGGUAAUGAUGGAUUUUGGGUUGGAAAGUCAUCCUUGCGGAGUUGGCGUCAGUUGGCUCUGGAACAGUUAAAUGAACAAGAUGAAGAUGCAGACCAGAGUAAUGGAAAAAUGAAUGGAGAUGCACAAAACAAAGAUGAGUCAAAUGAAGAAAAGAGGGAGGAGGAAGAGGAGUUAAAUUUUAAUGAAGACCUUGUUUGCCCACAUGGUGACCUAUGCAUAUCAGAAAAUGAAAGGAGGGUUGUUUCUAAAGAAGCCUGGAAAAAGCUCAAGCAAUAUUUUCCAAAGGCUCCAGAAUUUCCAAAUAGCAAAGAGUGUUGUUCCCAGUGCAAGAUUCUGGAAAGAGAAGGAGAGGAAAACGAAGCCCUGCAUAAGAUGAUGGCAAGUGAGCAGAAGACUGCUCUCCAGAACCUGUUCCAAGACAAAUGCAGACCGUGUCUUGGGAGCUGGCCUCAGGAGACAGAUGAGCUCUACAUUGUAUCACAGUUUUUUGUAGAAGAAUGGAGGAAAUUUGUAAGGAGGCCUACAAGAUGCAGUCCUGUAUCAUCAGUAGGAAACAGUGCUCUUCUCUGCCCACAUGGGGGCCUCAUGUUCACAUUUGCUUCCAUGACCAAAGAAGACUCUAAACUUAUAGCUCUAAUAUGGCCCAGUGAGUGGGAGGCAAUACAAAAACUAUUUGUUGUGGAUCACAUUAUCAAAAUCAUCAGAAUGCAAACUGCUGAGAUGAGCCCGGAGAGCACGCUUUUCGAUUCUGAGCCCAAGCUGUGUCCAGAAUGCAGAGAAGGAUUGUUAUGCCAGCAGCAGAGGGACCUGCGUGAGUACACCCAGGCCACCAUCUAUGUACAUAAAGUGGUGGAUAAUAAAAAGGUAAUGAAGGAAGCUGCUCCAGAACUGAAUGUGAGCAGUUCAGAAGCUGAAGAGGAAAGGGAAGAAGCCAAACCAGAAGGGGAACAGGAUCCAGAUUUUAACCAGACUAAUGGUGGUGCGAAACGACAGAAGAUAUCCCAUCAGAACUACGUUGUUUAUCAAAAGCAAGGCAUCAGACGGAGUACACGGCACAGAAAAGUCAGAGGGGAAAAGGCUCUACUUGUUUCCGCCAACCAGACAUUGAAAGAGCUGAAAAUACAGAUCAUGCACGCAUUUUCAGUUGCUCCGUUUGACCAGAAUUUGUCGAUCGAUGGGAAGAUACUAAAUGAUGAUACUGCAACACUUGGCGCCCUUGGAGUCAUUCCAGAGUCAGUCGUUUUAUUAAAGGCUGAUGAACCAAUUGCAGAUUAUGCAGCAAUGGAUGAUGUUAUGCAAGUUUGUAUGCCUGAAGAAGGAUUUAAAGGGACUGGUCUUCUUGGACACUAAUGUUUGUUUUUUUUUAUAACCGCUGGCAGCAGAGAAAUGACCAGAAAGGAAGAGGAUUUUGACAUGGUAGGGCAUUAAAACAAAGGUGGAUAUAGGACUAAACAGUUGCUUGACUCUUCUAGAAGGCAGAAACCCAUUCUGAAAUGACUGCCCCAAAUGCCUUAUGUCAAAGCAGAUUGCACUGAAGGGACAUCCUGACUUCAAGAGAGCAUUUCAAAUUUUAUAUUUAAUAAAACAAAAGUAAAAGUAUAGUAGCAGGAACAAUACAUCAUGUUUACAGACAGAAGUUUCUAGCUGAGGAAGGGAGAGGCUCUGCUGUUUCCUUGCUCUGAUUUCCUACCACAGUCGCCUGUCCAUAAAGAAAUAGUAUUACAGUAGAUCAAAAACAUCUUGAUCUGCCCUAAAGUAACUCUUUAGAGAUCACCCUGCUAACAGACACCCUGUCUUUGAUCCACUCUUACUCUCUCAGUGCAGCAUGGAAGUAAAGAAUGUGUUAAUUGUGAAGAAUGACUAGCUUUUUCAGACUUCAGAUAUGUACCCCAAAAUGUAAACUGUGGCUUGCCUGUGAAAGCCUCCAUCAGUGGCUCUUCAAUACCGAGAUGAGGGGGAUAAGGAACUGCCUUCUUGGCUGUGUCUGGAGGCUCUAGCACACACCCGUCCUUUUGCAGUUUCAGUUUCAAACUUGAAGAUGAUCCUAACUUUAAUAAUCACAUGGUCUUUCUCUGUGAAACGUGUUUUUAGAAUUGUUGGCUAUUUUAACAACUUUUGAUAACAUCUUCUCCAGUAUGCUACUGCCAAGAGCCAGAAAUCCAUUUCCGCUCUACUGAUCAAUUCAGGAACAUUGAAUUAAUCUUCACUAGAACAUCAGAAUCAGAGAUACUGAAGGGGAUGAGGUGUCAUACUUGGGGCACGUUUUUCAUGUGAAGAGAUUUUCCUUUUGUUCUCAUUGUUUUCAGGAAUGCACUAAUUUUUUUUUUUUUUUUAACCAUCUGUAAUUCCCAGAAAGGAUCUCUUCCUGACCCUAUUAAAUAUUAGCUGGAAAUAGUUUACCACUAAAAUAUUUAAAAGGACACUGUCAAGGUAUCCUUAAUAAUAAAGUUAAAUAUUUCCUGGUAGCUUCAUGCUCAACUGUGCUCCCUUAGCAAAAUAGCCUCUUGCUCAGUUUGGGCUUCGGCAGUGUUUUAUUAUUGUUUUUAAAUUGGCUGUUUAGAGCAAAACUAGUGUAUUUAACACUCCCAUGAGCAUUGCAGGCAGAUUUAAGGGGUCAGUUGUGGAGCAUGGAGGGUAUAUAAAAACAUGGGCCCUUGAUAGUGUUCUUUUUUAAAUUUACCUUUUAUCAGAAUAGUUAUAGCUCCCCUUCAUAAAAUGAUUAACCUUUGUUCUUUUUCUCUAUACUGUUUUAAUCCAUCUUUCCCCCCCUCCCUUCCUCCAAAACCAUUUUGGGAAGGCGGUAGGGAAUUCAGGCAGCAGGUCUGGACCAGUGAGAGUGGCAAAACAAUUGAUAUAAAGUAUUCUAUUUGGAGCAGCUGUAAAGCCAUAAAUAAUGGCUUGGAAAUGAUUCAGAAAAGGGGAUUUAAAACUGAGAUUAUUUCUAAUGUAUCUUGGCUUUGUACUUCAAGAUACGGGAUUUGGAUCCAAUAAAAGGGCUGGAUCUUAGAGAGGUGAAACAGUGCAGCUGAGCAAUUUAUUCUUUCCCAAGGUAAAGACUUCAGUAAAAGUUCAAUAUGCUAUUGUUAGUGCUUGAUUAAGCAACUCUACUUCCCUUGAAAACAGGCUUGUUUGCCUGAAAGAGAUUUUAUUCUUCUUUUUAGACUGAAGCACUCACUCAUGUACAUAGCCCCUGGAAAUUUGAUAUUUUUUUCAAUUUGCUGGUUUUGGGGGGGGAGGCGGGGGGUUGUUUUUUAUUUUUGUUUUUUUGUUACUAGAGUCUCUUCCUUGAGAUUACAAUGUUCCAAAACUAAGUCUCUUAAACUUCACAGGGAAGAACUGUAAACCAUGAUGUAUAAGUAGACACAAUUACAGAUGUGAUGUAUAGAUGUACCUAAUGGCCUUGGUAUUGCUAUAUCUUACAGCUUUGCAAGGGAAACAGGUACAAGAUGUGAUCAAAGGCACAUUAACUGUUUUGUCUGUAUUUGCAAACAUAUUGGACUAAAAUUGUCAUUUGAGCUGUGGAAGCCUUAUUAAAGUACAUACACAUGGUCUAUCUUCUCAUAUUUUAAUGUAUUGCAUAAAGCAUUUUUUACAUUGA